UUCUAAUAAUGAUGAUUCAAUAAUUUUAUUUAAAUAUCUUGCCAAUAAUAUAUUAAAUUAUAAACAACCACAAAAUAAUGAUCAAUUAAAUGAUUGGGUGGCAAUUGUAAUAUGUAAAUUAUUAAUGAGAAAUAAGCAAAAUUCUUUAAUAUCAAUCUCAAUUGAAGUUGAAAAAAAUAAAUUGAAAUCAGGAAAAUUUCGAUGUAAACAUUUAUAUAAGGAUUUUCAAUCUCAUAUAGAUGACGAACAAUUAGAUUAUACUCGAUUACCAGAAUCUUAUUUCAUUUUACCGAUAUUUGAAGGAUCUUCAAAUUGUUUAUCAAAUUUGGUUGAAUUCAUUUGUACGAGCAGACAAAGAAAACAAAUUUUAUUAAAUUCUCUCGCUAAAGUAUCAAAAAAUUUGAAAACUAUAAUUAUAAGUAUAGAAUAUGAUCAAUAUUCUUGGUUAGAUUUUAAUAAUAGUAUAAAUAUUACGUUAGAAGAAGUAAAUGGGCUAGUAAAUUUAAUUCAAGUACAAAAUUCUUUAUCACAUUUUGAAAUUUAUAGAUGUCCUGUAGGAUUUGAUCUUGUUAUGAUAGCUUUAAAAAUACAUCUUAAUUCUUUAAAACUUAUUAGAUUAGUGGAAGUUAAAAUUGAGAAUUAUGAAAUAUUAAAUAUUAUAAAUGAUACUUCCCGUUGGGAAAUUAUGGAUUUAGAUAUAUCUGAAGCUACUCAUAUUUAUGAUACACUUAUUUAAAGAAAUUUGUAAAG